CCCUGCAUUCCCAGCCCCUAAGGAUGCCCAUUGCCCAUAGCCCCAUUCCUUACCCCACAGCAGGGAUUGCAAACCUGGCACAGCUUUUGUCCCUCACCAGGAGAGUUUCCAAACUAAAUUCCAAAGGAACUGCAGUCGUUCUGCCAAUGAAUGAUCAUUUCCUGCACCAGAAAUUACCAGCGUCGCCGCUGAGCGCCUUUACUGGCAGCAGCCUCCCUUUUCCUUCAGCCCUGGUGGAGGGAAUUGCUGAGGUGGGGGAGGGAGGAGGGGAGGCAGGGAGUUGGGGCAGCCCUUAUCACGGCCCCGCAGCCCUUCGCCCUGCAAAGCAGAGCCAGACAGCACUGUGUGUCCGUCGCUGAGCCUGGAGGCGUUGAGGACAUAUCAUGGGCAACUGCAUCCCGGGGAGCCCUGGAAUCAUAGGGAACAGAACCUCCUUGCUCCUUCUGGACUACAACUACUCUGACUAUGUGGACUACAUGGACAACAACACAGACAUCAACCAGGACAUGGGCAUCAACCAGGAGGACUUUGCGGCCGCGGCGCCGUGCCACAACCGCUACUGCCCCUUCUUCCACCGCGCCGCCCCGCCGUACCUGAUUGCCACCAGUGUCACCUCCCUUAUGGCCACGGCUGCUCUGCUGCUGGCCCUAUCCCUGCGUCCCAAAGCCUGGCCCCGUGGCCGCAUGUUGGUGGCCCAACUGGCUGCGUGCUGCGGGCUGUUUGCCAUCACGUUGCUGCCGAUGGCUGCAGGCAUCGCAUGGGGGUGGCAAAUGGGUGAGGGGCCAUGCAAGGUUGCGUUGCUGCUGUGGCAUGGCAGCGUGCUGGCACAGGGGCUGCUGCUGGGUGUGGGGUGCUGCAAUGUGUGGGCACACGGUUGGUGCCUGGCUGUGGUGCUAUGGGUGACAGCAAUGGGGAUGGCGGUGCCGGCGGCGCUGAGCGGUGGCAUCAUGGGGACGGGGCUGAGCACGCAGUGUGUGCACCGUAAUGUGGAUGUGGACUCAGUUGUGCAUCUGCUGCAGCUCACCGUGUAUUGCUGCAUCCUCCUGCUGCUGCCCGGAGCGCUGCUGAUGACUGCGGUGCUGCGGGGGAUGUGGGGUGCGAUGGGGCAGAAAGUGGGGUGGAUGUUCUGGGUGUUGUGGGCUCCCCAUGGGGUGGUGAUGGUGGUGGAGGUCCUGCUGGAGGUGGGGGUGAUUCCGACCAGCUGCGGUGCCUUCGAGAGCUUCGAUUUUGCACUGGGGCUGAGCGCGGCGCUGGGGGGGCUGCACUGCUGCCUCAUGCCCCUUAUGCUGCUCCUCACUGCUUUCUAUGGUCACAAAGUGGGGGGAGAGUGCUGAGUGCCCCACAAGGGCACCCACAGCCCCAUCUCCUCAUCCCCAUGGGGGACCCCGAUAGCCAUGGGUCACAUUGCUCCUCUACA